GUUUGGGUUUCAAACAGAUUCAAUUAUCUAGUUACUGUAGUUCAGUUUGUUGUUUGUUUGUAGUUGCAUGAAUCUUUUUGUUUUCCCAGGACUAUUUGAAUAUUUGAUAGUGAUUCUUGCUUUAAGAAGUAAACAAUUUUAUUUGCACAUCAUCAUCUUAAUUCUUAACUAUAACUAUAUCUAUAUGACUAUAUCUGUUGUUCUAGUACUUGAUAUCUAUAUAUAUUUGAAUAUUUGAUAGUGAUUCUUGCUUUAAGAAGUAAACAAUUUUAUUUGCACAUCAUCAUCUUAAUUCUUAACUAUAACUAUAUCUAUAUGACUAUAUCUGUUGUUCUAGUACUUGAUAUCUAUAUAUAUUUGAAUAUUUGAUAGUGAUUCUUGCUUUAAGUUGUCUCCAUAAAAGACAUUUGCAGUUAUGUUAUGGUCAAUGCUUCAUUGUAGCUUUUGCUCUUUAUUUAUUACCUGUAGGCUGUAUUAUUGGCUUUCGUCUCAGAUGCCCUGCUCUUGCAGUUAUCGACUGAAUUAGGCACUGAUUAGAUUACUUCAUGAAUGCCAUCUGUUGAAAUUUUGAAAUACGCAGUAACAUAGUCAGUCAGGUAUCCUUGUGCUUUCUUGACCUUUGCUUGUAACAUUUUCGUUAGCUGAAGGAGCAUAUAGCAAUAUAGUCAACAGUGUUUGUAAUGAAUUUGUUAACCUUCACCAUCUUGAUAUUAGGAAUUAGGAGUUUGAGACUUUUCCUUCUUUAAGGAAGGAGGAAUGUAUACCUUUACAUUAAUUUAUAGGUACAUCACUUGUCUUUUUUCAGCCGCCUAGACCUUAGAGAGUGUUGUUCCUUUGUCCUCAUCCUCGAGACAGUGGAGUGUGAAGCUAUUUCUCAAAAGAAGAUACUUAAUUUAUACCUAAUAUCAAUGGAUGAUUAUAGUUAUUCUUUUUCCUUGUGUGUAUACAUUGAAUUUAAAUGCGUAGCAUUCUAAUUUUUCAUCAUAUGCAAGUUCAGGAAUCAGUUUGCAGUUUCUAUCUUCAAGCUUCCCCGACCAGGUGGUAUAUGGCUUUAUGUUUAUCUCUUAAUGGUUUUUUAUCUUUUUUUUGGAGAUAUAGUAUCGUUUUCAAUGUUAUUGAUGGUUACAUAAUAUAUUUUUUAUCAGUUAUGGUUUCUUAUUCAAGUCUCCCUCUGCCGACUCACUUGUUAACCUUUCUGCAAUAUAGGGUACUGGCUACGUGUUAGAAUCAGUAACUGCAUGAUGGAAUUCUCAUAGUUAACAUAUUUGGUUAACCUCGAGAGAAUUUGUUUUCCAGUGCUAGGCAUGCUAUAGUAUCUGCAAAGACUGAACCGUCUAAGAAAGUUUUUUGGCUUCCUUUAGAAAGGGAUGCGCUAUUAAGGCGGUCUGGUUCUCAUCCUAACUGUACGGUAAUAUAGGUUUUUUGUGAGAUGUCAACUUUUUGAUGUCCAUAAAUUAUGUCUCUCUCUUUAGACGACGCUUUGUUUGCAGGCUCUAGAAGCUAUCUUCAGUGCUAUUCACAGAAAUAUUUAUUAAUUUUCAGGCUGCGGGUGGGCUUCGUGAUCCAUCAGACAGAGAGAUUGAACUGUCCCCUCAUGGAUGUUUUACGGAGAUUGUUAGGAAGCCCAAGUCAGAACUCCCUGAUAUAUUUCAACUCCAGUGCAAGCUUAAGGUUUUUUAUUUCCCUUACAUUUAGUGUUGAGGUUCACGAGGAUAAAGUUUCUGUCUUUGAUACUGGCUCUAGGAUGGAUGAAAGUGACGAGAAUUCGAUAGUGAAGUGGGGGGAAAUGGGUGCUUCAGCUCACAGAACUUCCAAAAGACUUGCAAUUGGAGGAAAACCUCCAUAUCUCACGGUAAUGACAAAGGAAUUACUUAGAGAUGCUUAUGUUUCUGCUGGAACAUUACCUCCUAUAGAAGUUGUUGCCUUACUGCGGCCUUCCAAUUUCACUCGAAGUAGUGCCUCUAAUGAUUUAGACCAAAAAACCAUUCUAAGGGACAAUUACGACAUGCCUGGAUAUUAAUUCAAGACUGAAGCUGCAAAAUACCCUGAGGGUGACCAUAUUUUUUCAGCAACUGUUACAAAUACAUCACCUUAUGGAUGUCAGGGUUUGUAUAGAUUUUUGGUGGGUUCAAUGUCAUGUUUAUUUCAAAAAGCUGUAGUUGUUCAUUUUCCUUCUCUCUG